AUGUUCCAAGUCACGUCUCGUCCAGUUUCGGAGCUCACCCUCCCCAUGUCUCACUCUUCUCCUGCAUUGUCCCAGACACUCCAUCUCCCCCGCCAUCUCGCACGCCCCGCUUUCACCGACGUGUCGCGCGACGCUAUUCGCGCCGUUGAGAAAGACCUCGCGGAUACUCCCGUCCCCUACGUUAGACAACACUUGGCUGGCCAAGCUGAACAAAUGCGUGCCGCCCACUCGCUAUUGAUCUACCCGGACACCCUCCCCCGUGCCCGUCUUGCAUCUUCCCUUGACGUCUCCAUCCGGCCUGCGUCCGGCCAUCUCAGUACCCUUGCGCUUCCCACCCACAUGCUUGCCAUUAGCUCCUCGAGGACAUCUCCCUCCGCUCCGAACACACCCACCGCUGCAUCUUUUCUGUCGCAAGCCUCUUCUGCAUCGACUGUCUCCCUUUUCCCCGUGUACGCGCUUGUUCUCGCUGCGCACUGCGCACUGCUUCCUCCUCUACCGCGCGCCCAUACAUCCACGAACCGCAGUGUGACCGUGACCCUCCCCGUUGUGCCUCUCACCGUGCCCAGCGCCGAGACGUUCGGGCUUCUGUACGAAUUUCUCCACACACAGCGCGCGGAUACCCUUCUCGCUGCGUUCCUCCCGAGUCUCGCCGCGAUGCUCCCGCCUAAGCCGACCGCAGGAACUUCUUCCACUGCCGGCAAGCCCAUGUACGCCGCGCAGUUCAGCAAUGAGAGUCUCCUGCGUCUAGCGCACGCGCUUGCUUCGAGUGCCGCAUCGCAUGCUGGCCCACAGGGUGCGCUCACCGCGUUGAUGGGACUCACGCGCAGGAUCAACGGCGUCUGGCGCAACGCGUGUGCGCUAGGUGUCUUCGACGCGGAACUCUGGGGCGUUAUGGAUGUCGCAUGGGAGAUCGUUCUCGCUGCAAUGACGCGCGUGCACGAGCGCGAGCGGGCGUAA